AUGGGAUCCAUUGAAGCAGGAACACCACUGGCUACUCGUAUCGAACGCCUCGUUCCGCGUCUACAGGAGGAUGCAAUGGAGCAUGCCCUUGCUGGUGCUUUGUUGCGGUGCUGUGUGGAGUGGGGCAUCGCCUCGGAGGCGGAAUUGCUGCUACUACUAACAAGCGACCGCCCGUUUGUCCAGCGGAGGGUGCUGUUGGCGGUAGCACAAGAUCAGAGACAACAGACGUUUUGCCAUCCUGCAGAGGUGCAAAUUUUUAUUGAAAAACUGCUUUUGGCGUUAAGCAUGCAGCACCUCUCACAGAAAUUCACUUCAGUGGUGGACACAGACAUAGAUACAGAUCCUUCCUUUAUGCCAAGAAGUGUGGCGGAUAUGCUUCUUCCAGCUCCAGCUGUCGCCGAUGGGUCUACUCCUUCCACGGCAGCACGUGAAGGCUCCCAUUUCUUCACCACAGGCUGUCCUUCUCUGGACCAGCUCUUCGGCGGCGCCGGCUGCCGUCCAGGCACGAGUUCAGCGGAGAGUGGCAUCCGUGCCGGGCUCCUCACAGAAAUCUAUGGUGAGGCGGGAAGUGGAAAGACACAACUCGCCUUACAGUGCCUACUGCAUUGCGUCGCACAUCACCAGUGUGCGCUGCUAGAUCCUACUGGUGCUGGACGAGAGGGCUGCGUUAGUGUAUCCACAACAGGUGUGGCGGCGUUGUAUAUCGCCUCGGAAGAUUUCCCGGCAAGCCGACUUGCGUCGCUAGCGGCAGGUGCAGUAAAACGGGAGAAACAAAAGGCACUUCGCGCCGUGUCGCACCUCCCGUCAUCGACGUUAGCCCAGCUGAAGGCCUCCUUGGAUGCUGCAGUGACGGUGAAGUCUGUAAUGGCCGGACUGCACAUCCGAUGCAUAAAAUCUCUGAAAAUCCUAUUGCGGCUGCUCUCCGACGGAACACUGACUGGUGCAUUUCACGCGUUGGGCGGCCGUGGGAUAGUUGUGGUAGACUCCAUCGCAGGGGCUGCUGCUGCUGCUGGUGCUGGUGCCAGCGGCCCCAUAAAUGGUAGUGGCGAGAAUGACAGGUGGGAGAUGGCGUCUGAUUUAGUGGCUGUGGGGUCUCUCUUGAAGGCGUUCGCCGUACAGGAGGUGGCCGCCGUGCUUGUCACCAACCAGGUGCGGUCGCUGCUGUCCGUUGGCCGGCUGCAGCGGCACGCUACAGACAUAGUGGUGCCUGCACUCGGUAUUCAAUGGUCACUGGCGCCGCACGUCCGCGUGCAUCUGCGACGCCUGCACGCUGCGUCGGGGACGGUGCGGCGACAGCUCACUGUUCUCUACGGCCCCGCACACCCGCCUACAUGUGGCGUGUACGUCAUUGAGUCCGACGGUAUUCGAGACGACACGUAA